AUGGCCCCAUCCCAACAACCCACAGUCCUCACACUCAAACAAACCUUCCUCACCACCCAAACCCGACUCCUCUCCCAACCGCUAACCCCAACCCGCGACUGGCACAACACCAACACCGCCAACACCAACAACACCAACCACCCCCCCGAGGAGACAAACGAGGAUCCAGCCACAACAGCCCCCUUGCCCCCCAAAGCCAUCGACGACGCCCUCUACAAGCUCAACCACCGGCUGCAGCAGCACGCCCGCCGCGCCUACGCACCCCAAGCCACGCGCCACGUCGCCGAGCAGAUCGAGCAGCUGUACUUGAACGCCGCGGAGGCUGCUGCCGCCGCGGACGAGGAGGAUGAUGAGGAGGAGGAGGUUGGAGUGGAGGGGGUAGAAGUAGGGGUGGGGGAUGAUGAUGAUGAUGAUGGCAGGGCACCGGUGCAGCGGGAUGCGGCGUUGAGGGUGGGUGCUGAUCUGGCGGAUCCGGGCGUGAUCGCGACGCUGCCGCUGGAAUGGGAGGGGGCGGACGCGGCGUCGCGGCCGCUCGAGGCGCGCCGCUACGCUGAGCUGGCGGGCGAGCUGCAUGCCCUCGCGAAAAGGCAGCGGCAGGCGGCUGCGCGGGUGGCGCGGCUGCGGUGGAUGCGGGCUCUGCUGCAGCCGUUUGCGGCUAGUAAUCCCGAUGGUGAUGGUGGUGGUGAUGGUGAUGGUGGGCGGCUGGAUGGGGUGCAGGAGAAUUUGGUUACGCGAAACGGGGAGGUUGAGGCCGAGCUGCACCGUAUGAGGAUGCUUCUUGCGAGGGUGGGAGGCAGGGUUGGGCAGUUAAAGGAACAGGGGCCGCCGGCGAGGGAGUUGAGUGUGGGGAGUCUUUUCUCGGAUGGCGGGGAAGGGAUGGAGGGUGUGGAGAUGGACGAGCAGAGGAAGGUCGGGUCGCUGUUGGAGAGGUUUUAG